AUUUCAAUUUUGAAAGUCAACUCAGCAAGUGCUAAUUGAAAGAAAUGCGUUUCAAAGUAAAUAAUUUUCUUGGCUGCAUCAGCUUAGAAAGUGGUGGAUUAAUAAUUGGAUGGUCAACUAUUGUUUUAAGCAUAAUUAUUUCACUCAUAAGUAUAGCGCUGAUUGCAAUAUCGAUUGUAGCGUUUAAUGGUCUCAACAGUGGAGUGAGCGAUGCCGAAGGGCUUGCUCUUGGAAGAGUGUUGCUCACAAUUUUGAUCAUAAUAAUUUCGAUAUAUCUUCUUAUUUCGAUGGCUUACUUUGUUGCUGGUAUUCUUCUUGUUAGAUCUGUCAAGAAAAGGUCACCUGACAAAAUGAUGUUGUUCAUGGCUUUACUCGCUAUUGCGAUAUUUUUUUCUGUACUUCAGUUAAUAACAUCUUUUAUUGGACUUGUUAAUAUCGGCGCUUAUGCUAUUGGUGGAGUUAUUGUUGGAAUAUUAAUUGUGGCAUUCGAUUUAUACAUUUUCGUCUGCAUUAAAUCUCUGCACGACUUAUUCAAAAAGGAAAAAUUAAAUCGAAUGCAAGGAGGACAAGUUCAAGUUCAGCAACCUUACAAUUUCCAACAACAACCUACAGUUGUUUAUUUUCAACAACAACAACCUUAUCAGCAGCCAUACCAGCAAGGAUCAUCGGCACCUCAAACAGAAUUGCCACAACAGCAGCAAAUUCAUGAGAAAUGA